AUGGCUAUACAAUCAUCAAAACGCCGUGUCAAGUGCGAUGAAAAGCAACCCAGCUGCUUCAAGUGCACAAGUACAGGUCGAAUUUGCGACGGCUACGUCCAAUCUGAGAAAGACUACCAAAUCCAAGUGUUUAGCUAUGCCCAGAAACUAUCAUCAACCCCUAAGAACGCCAUACCGGUACUCUCUGGAUUCGGCGAUAACGUGCGUUCCCUAGAGUUCUACUACCAUUGUGUCGGGCCCAUGCUUUCGGGCAGAUUUGACACCAAAUUUUGGUCGCGCAUAGUGCUUCAGAUGGCGCAUUCUGAGCCUGCUGUACGCAGUGCUCUGAUCGCUCUGGGCUACCUGAACGAGCACGAAACCGGCAGUUUGGAGUACGCUCGUCGAUCUGCGGAUUCGAAGGACGGUUAUGAACGUAAGACGUUCUGGUUGCACUACAACAAGGCCAUUAGAUAUCUUGUCCAUCGCAUGGUCCAGCCUUCUUACACACCAGAAGUGGGGCUGGUGACUUGCAUACUCUUUGUGUGCAUUGAGUACCUGCAAGCAGAUUCGCACACCGCAUUCGCACAUGUCAGAAAUGGACUGAAGAUCGUGUCCGAGUUACGGCAGAACCACAAGGCUGGUUCGCUGACGCAUAAAGCUGGACUGACUCAAAAUAGCUCCAGCAUGCCCAUGGAUAUGAUCGAGAAGAUACUUGUGCCGAUCCUCACUCAAGGUCUAGUAUCUGCCUUUGUUUAUGGCGUGAAUGUCGAAGCAGAGUUUGCCUUUCUCGAAACACCUCCACAACACCUCAAAAUGUACCGUUUCACUAGUGUCCGCGAGGCUCUGUCUUCGUACUGGGAUCUACGAAAUGCUUCUAUCCUACUCGCGCGAGACAUGACGAUGAAAUUAUUCCAGGCAAUCCCGCCGACAGCAUCAGAUUUCCAGCGCCAAGAGCACGUCUUAGAAUGCCAUCGCACCUGGUUAAAAGCUCUAACGGCGUUGGAAGAUUCACAAGAAUUCUCUAAAGAAGAGAGCAUCGACAUCAGCGCCCUUAAGCUAGCAUACUACUCGAGUUAUACCGCAUGCGCUUGCGUGAUCGACACGCGUCAGAUGGCCUACGAUGCGCACCUCCACAGCUUUAAAAUGCUCCUUUUACACGCAAAUCUCGUGGUCAAUUCUACAGGGCUUUUGAGCGCUUCACGCACACAGACCCCAUGUCGAGUCGCUGCCGCUAACUUCACCUUUGAUACCUCCUUGAUCCCCGCGCUGUACUACACUGCCUUGCGCUGUCGCUGUCCGACCACCCGCCGUGAAGCCGUCAGCUUGCUAUCCUUGGGUCUGCCGCGCGAAGGUCUCUGGGACGCAGAGCAGCAUCGCAUCGUAGCUGAGCGGGUUAUUGAGAUUGAGGAGACGGAAGUUGAUGGAAGAGGGUGGCCGGUAGAGCGGACAAGGGUUUGGAGCAGUGCUGUUGGUACGAAUCUUGACGAAAAUAGUAGAUUCCGGGUGAGCUUUCUGUUGGCGAGAGAUCUUGGGAUGGGGGGAGAGAAGGCGUGGAGCGAGUGGUAUGUGUUGGGUGACGGAAAGAGGAAGUCACUAAUGUGA